AUGCGUGCGACUACAGCAAUCUCGAGAACUUUUGGUGCUCGAUGUCUCACCCCAAUCGCUUCACCGCUUAUCGGUUUGCAUAGGCUCUCUGCUCAACACAAACUUGCAGUCGUACCGGAAUAUCGCGGGUUUUCCAACUCAACUUCACUUCACAAGAAGAAGGAUAAAUCACGAUCAUCUUCCGGCGCAGCGGCCGAAGAUAGAGCCCCUAAAGACUCAGUAGCUUCUGGUGACCCUUAUGACCUAUCCCAGCUCCAUGAUGGCAUUUCUGCUGCUUUGUCCAGCUUAAAAGAUGAUCUCUCCAAACUCCGUGGCGGUGGACGGUUUGAUAUAUAUGCCAUCGAGAGCUUGCGGGUGCAGCUCAGCAAAGCGAACAAAGAGACAUUGAGACUCGGAGACCUAGCCCAGGUGAUACCUAAAGGCGGACGCAUGGUUACAGUCUUGGCUGCGGAAGAAGAUCACGUUAAAUCAAUUAUCUCUGCAAUCAUUUCCUCUAAUCUAUCUUUGACCCCUCAAGCCGAUCCUCAUAAUGCUCUCCAGCUCAAUGUUCCCAUCCCACCACCUACGAAGGAAUCCCGGGAGCAGGCAGUUAUCAUGGCUAAGAAAGCGAUGGAGAAAGCCGUUACGGCAGUGCGGGAUUCGAGAGGCGGCGUACACAAACGACUCCAAGACAUGCAGAAAAAGAAGGCUGCUAGACCGGAUGAUGUGCGAAAGGCACAGGAACAGAUGGAAAAACUUUCAGAAAAGGGACAGAAAGAUGUGAAAGAACUAUUUGAAACGGCGAAGAAGGCCAUGGAGAGAGCGUAA